UGCUGGAACCUACGGCCAGGCCUGUCAAUACCUCGGGCUCCCGGCUGACGCACCGGCCCCUCCGCCCGCACGGAGCGAGGCCGGGACCUGCGGGGCCUGGCAGCUCUGGGGAGAGGUGGCGCGGGAGCUGCGGAGCGCGCAAACCCCUCAGGACACCGCCGGCCUCCCACACACGGCUCUGUGGACUGAAGUCAGACACAAACGUUCCUGCUGGAGACCCCACGUAUAGCACAGCAGUGGAUGCACAGGCUGAGGGCAGGGAAAGCUGACAGCAAGGGAACGAAUUCUGCUGCUGUUGGACCCCGACAGUUUUGAUGAAUAUGACAUGUUUGUGGAACACAGAUGUACUGACUUUGGGAUGGACUCUAGCAAGAAUAAGUACCCUGGUGACAGUGUGGUGACUGGCCGUGGAAGGAUUAAUGGCAGACUGGCUUAUGUUUUCAGUCAGGAUUUUACUGUAUUUGGAGGCAGUUUGUCUGGAGCUCAUGCCCAGAAGAUCUGCAAGAUCAUGGAUCAGGCUGCCAUGGUCGGAGCCCCUGUGAUUGGGCUGAAUGACUCUGGAGGAGCCCGGAUCCAGGAGGGAGUGGAGUCCUUGGCAGGCUAUGCAGACAUAUUCUUGAGAAAUGUUUUGUGUUCUGGUGUCGUUCCCCAAAUCUCCCUCAUCAUGGGUCCUUGUGCUGGUGGAGCCGUGUAUUCUCCUGCCUUAACUGAUUUCACAUUCAUGGUGAAGGACACAUCCUACCUGUUCAUCACUGGGCCUGACGUGGUGAAGUCUGUCACCAAUGAAGAUGUCACCCAGGAGCAGCUUGGGGGUGCAAAGACACACACUGCAGUGUCUGGAGUUGCACACAGAGCCUUUGAGAAUGACAUCGAUGCUCUGCUGAACCUGCGGGAGUUCUUUAAUUAUUUACCCCUGAGCAACCGGGACCCAGCUCCAGUGUGCGAGUGCCAUGAUCCCAGUGACCGUCCUGUUCCAGAGCUGGACACCAUUGUCCCAAGUGAGUCAGCCAAAGCCUAUGAUAUGCUGGAUAUCAUACACUCCAUUGUGGAUGAGAGGGAAUUCUUUGAGAUCAUGCCGAGCUAUGCCAGGAACAUCGUGGUUGGCUUUGCCAGGAUGAACGGACGCACCGUUGGGAUCGUGGGCAACCAGCCCAAAGUAGCCUCAGGGUGCUUAGACAUAAACUCUUCUGUGAAAGGAGCCCGCUUUGUUCGGUUCUGUGAUGCCUUCAACAUCCCCCUGAUCACGUUUGUGGAUGUUCCUGGGUUUCUGCCAGGCACGGCUCAGGAGUACGGGGGGAUUAUUCGUCAUGGUGCCAAGCUGCUCUUUGCCUUUGCAGAGGCAACUGUGCCUAAGAUCACUGUCAUCACUAGAAAGGCCUAUGGAGGUGCCUACGACGUGAUGAGCUCCAAGCACUUGCGAGGAGAUGUGAACUACGCCUGGCCCACAGCUGAGGUGGCCGUGAUGGGAGCCAAGGGUGCUGUCCAGAUCAUCUUCAGAGGAAAGGAGGCAAAUGCAGAGGAGGAGUACGUGGAUAAGUUUGCAAACCCUUUCCCUGCUGCUGUAAGAGGGUUUGUUGAUGACAUCAUCCAGCCUUCGACCACCCGCACUCGCAUCUGCCAUGACCUCGAUGUCCUGGCCAGUAAAUCCCAGUCCAGUCCUUGGAAGAAACACGCCAACAUCCCACUGUGAGGGUGAGCAGGGGCUGCCUGUGCUGGGAGACAUUCUGAAUAUGAGUUCUGGUUAACUCUCUGGUUAAUGGAGGGCUGCUUGGCAAUAGAAAUAGUUAUUUUAAUUUUGAUUUUUGCCAAUAAUCAUCAAUAAAUCAUAGCAUAUAUUUAA